AUGAGGCAGAGCGAUGCAGAAGAGCUUGUAAGUUUUUGUAAAUUGAGAUACAGCAAAGAAAAAGAAGAAGAAGCAUCAUUGGAUUCAAGUCCACCAUUACCUCCAGAUAGUACGAUAUCAGCAGAGGAAGUGAUACGAGAAAGUAUGGCUAGUGCAUUAAGCUCGUCCUUGUAUACGGAUAAGGAUGAGUUUUUGUUUCCACAUCAACGACGAUCAACUACAAUGAGUGGAAAUCUGAUCGUCAAUGAUCGUGACUCGUUGGCCUUGUCAAGGCAUUCGCGGGAUAGCUUGACAUUUUCGUUUUCGAGUCGAAGUACAUUUCGAAGAAGUACAGUAUCAGAGCAAAUGCUGUACGAGACGGACUUGUUUGAACCAGAACGUGAGCUGAGUGCUCAGGAAUUAUCUGAAGUACUACGUGGAUCGGAUGAAAAUGUUAAUAGUUAUGAAGUUACUAGUAUCAAGGAGGAAGAAGAAAAUGUCAAACUUGAAAAUGCUAGGUCACGGUGGGCACAGCACGUCAAGCUCAAGGCAAGGAAUUUUCUGUACUCUACAGUAGCGGGCAAUAAGCAUGGAGCACCUGCUACUAAUGGAAGCAGCAAUGGUAGUGCCAUGACUUCGGUAACGCCGACGUCGGCAGAGAUUUGGGCGAACAAACAGAAGCAGAUUCUUGCGCAAAUGAGCAGUGGCAGUGAAUUUGGUACGAUAUCUGGUGCCUCGUCAGGUACAUCAUCAUCCUCCACCCAGCAUCAUUCACUUCUCUCCCCCCUUCCAUCAUUUGGACCAACGAUUAAUGGCGGGGCCAAGUUUCAGAAGUGGAAUCGAUGGAUGCAUGAUCAAUAUCAGCAUAAUUUUGGCAAAGUAAUGCAGCGCGCUUUUAAGGACGAGGUUUUGCAUCAACAGCACUUUCCGUUUCCAACGCAUCAGCCGACCCCUGACCCAACUACCCUUAUUUCCAUUGAGGAAGUUAUUAGCAACCCGCGUAUGAUGCGCUACUAUGCUGCAUGGCUUCCUGAUUCUGCAGGUCAGAGUAAAUUGUUUUUCCUUUGUUCCUUUGAGGAAUAUCGUCAAUUUUGGUGCACUUUGCAUGCUAACUACAAAAAAAAACCUUUUGCGAAGGAUGAUGUGCUCAUGUUACGCACAUAUGGCGUCAAGAUUGCUAUGAAAUACUUGGCGAAAAAUGCUCAAUUUCCAAUUAAUGGUCCCGCUGAUGCUGACAGAACAGGGAGUGGAACUGAAGAUCCUCCACUCGUGGAUGCUAGCAAGCUACGAUCUAUAAAACGCGAUCUAGCGGCUGGCGGUGAAGAUGCACUACGCACUUUUGACGAUAUCGCCGUGAAAGUAAAGCGCGUGCUAAUGUUUAAGUUUCCUGAGUUUCGCAAAACGGAGCUAUACACUGAGAUGCGGAAGACCGUGCAGCGUGAAGUCAUUUGUCUUGAAGAUAUUUUGAUGAACCACCGAUUUGCUAAUUUCUUUUGGAUUUUCCUUUUCCCGCACAACUAUCAUCGCGAGAUCGCGCUGUGGUUGGACGUCGAAUACGAGUUUAAACCUGCAUUUCGCAUUGCCGGGGGAAGUAGUGUCGGGGGAAGUAGCAAUAACCAGCGUCGUGAACGCAUUGAGCAAUCUGCUCACCGCUGCAGAAGACUGCUGAAGUACAUUUCGCAAAAAUACUAUGCUGGAGACACUGAAAUGCAGACUUUGACGCGCACGCUAGUGACAUCUUGUGCCCGACUGCAGGCCGAGCAAGAUGCGAUUUUGACGAAGUUCAGUCUUCUACAUCUGGAGUUGUAUCAUCGUUUUUUGACAAGCCGUGCUUACGCUGAGUUUUCGCUGUAUCCAAAGCUUUCGCCUGAGGACGAAAAGGAUUCUAUUGACGAUUCCAUGCGGCUCUCUGCCCUGCUUCUGAGCUAUGGCUUACGCGCACAUCAUUGGGCUGGUGGUAGCACGGGGUCUUCGACAUGUAAUGGGUCAUUGUCUAGUGCGUGUGAAGCUGCAACUACAACGCCAAAGAAAAAGACACUUGAUUCACUCCGUACUGCGCGAAGCUUUGAAGCUAUCUCCGGUGUGCUGACCUUUGAAGCUGUAUCCAUGCCAAUGACAACUGAAGAAGCGGAAUAUGGUACUAAUGAAAUUAGUAUGUUUGAAGAUCCAAUUGAACUGAAGAUAGUGCAGCAUCGGUUGCCUCGUGACUCAACAACACAUACCAUAGACAAAUCUGUCGAGAACUUUCUCGUUCCCUGGAGUGCGGACCCUAGGCAUGUGGUUCUUGCAGCUUCAUCUUGUCCAGCGCCUCUUGCGUUUAACUUUCGCAUGGGUGACAGUAGUGCUGGCGCCUCGGCUGCUGAGUUAUUCGCGGCUUGCAUUGUGUUGUAUAAGCCUGCACCGCCGUUAUCGUGGCGCGUACUUGAGACAUCGCAGAUAGAUUCUUCGCUUGGUUGCCGAUGGGUGCCUUACGGUGUUUGUGUUUUGUCUAAGUUCCCAAUGGUGGAUCUUCUUCGAGAGCGCUUAGCAGAAGCGUAUGAGUUCAUUCUUGAGCUUGAGACUAUUGCUGCCGCUGCAGCAGCAACAGGUGCUGCUGGGGCCGAUGACGACGCCACCACAGGGAUUCUUCAGAAGGGUGAACGAGGUUUUCAGCUUGACAAAAAGGUGCUUGCCAAGCUAACCCGUGCUGUCUCAAAGGAACAAAUCUCGCAAUAUCAUCAAUCAUCACCAUUGCCAAAGUCGCCGCUUCUUGAAGCCUCAGGCCUGACACCAAAAGCCACAGCUGCUUCACUGCUAGCAGCUCUUCCGCGUCUGGACCACUCCAUCCGUCUUCUGUUUGACACAUUAGACGUUUCCACCGUGCUUCUUGUGUUCACGGCAGCCUUAUUAGAGAAUCGCAUUUUGUUGGUUUCGUCAUACUUAUCGGUGCUCAUGAAAGUUUCCGAGUCUCUGCGAGCACUCAUGCACCCGUUAUCGUGGCCUCACGUGUACCUUCCCAUUCUUCCACGCCGAAUGCUCCAGUACCUUGAAUGUCCGACACCUUUCAUUUUUGGCGCUGAGAAGCAAGCACUUGACGACGCGCAACGCCAAGUUAUUGAAGACGGUGGUGAUGAUUUAUUUGCUGGGGCUGGCGAGGAGUUGUUGGUUGUGGAUCUAGACAAGGGAGCUGUUUUACGUGGAGAAGUACCUUGCGCACUUCCUGGCAGUGUGCGGUUUGAUUUGCGGGACGCACUAUAUGAAUGCCUCAAGCCUAAUGUAAGUUGUAGUGACCACGUGUUCGCUCAUCACUUUCCGAGCAAGCCGCUGGUGUUUCCGGAGGUUGCUGUCCGCGGCCUUUUCUUACGGGCUGUCAACAAGCUCAUCGGUGAUUUUGGCUACCACCGCUACGUUUGGACGGACGAGUUUGCACGCAAGCGCACUGUCUUUUUUGACGAGGCCAGUUACCUUGCAGCUUCCGCACCUGAGAUGCGCGAAUUUCGAACACUGUUCAUCACCACCCAGGCUUUUUCGGAAUUUAUGGUCACACACCACGGAUUUGAGGAACAACCAGGCCAGUCAAAUGGCACCACAUGA